GAGGAGGUAGAUGAGGAGGAGGUAGAUGAGGAGGAGGAAGAUGAGGAGGAGGAAGAUGAAGAGGAAGAGGAGGAGGAGGUAAGAAAAGCCGAUCACAGCUUCACACAGAAGGGUCCGCCGAAUCAGAAUCGUAAGAACCUCCAUCGCGAACGCAGAGUCUCUUUUAGUCGAUUCGUACGACAAGACAAACUCAAUUCGUUCGUAAACGAUAAAAACACAUCGACCGAUCGAAAUUAAUUAUUUCUAUCGAGAUAAUAAUAUCUUAAUUGAUAUUAACGAAAUAUAUUGAAAGAAAGAACGAAAAAAAGAAGAGGAGGCAAAAUGGUUUACGAGAGCGACUUUUACACGACCCGACGACCCUACUCAAGGCCCCUUGCAUCGUCCUACAGCAUCACGACCACCCCUGUUGUCCUACCACUCUCCGCUGUCAUUCAGUUGAGGGGUUAUCUUCCUCGAAUGCCCUACAUUGCGCACAAGAGGCUCGUCACCGUAAUCCAUUCACCGGUCCAUAAUGUUUACUACUCUGGCUCGAUGAUACCGAUAAGAAUACAUUCUCGCGUACGUCCAAGUGUGAUAGCUGCCGAACUCAAGAGGAUACGGGAUCUACCAAGGCCAUCUACCGAAUCUUACACCGAACACUAUUUAAAUUCCAAGGAUCACAUCUACUUCGACGACGAGGCCAAAGAAAUACGUGCAAGGGUGGAUUCUCUUUUACGACGAGUUCACGUCUACAUACCACGAGCAUGUCCCAGCGACUUUGCCGAAGAAAUAAUACCGGAGCGUAUGCGCAGUGGUGAUUAUAUUCGCCGAUUGAUAUCUGGUAAGAACAAUACUAAGAAGGAUGCGGAAGCUGUUUCAUGGUACGACGUACCGGAAAGAGGACAUUUUGGAAAUUUGGCAUGCGUCAAGUACGUCGCUGGAAAGCCCCAAUCCAUCAGGAGACCCUACUACAAAGUAGCUGAUCUUCGUCCAUCCGACAUCAAGAAUGACGUUAAGUUUUUGAGCUACUACCAAAAAAAUCGGCAGGCUGCUGCCAACGCUUCACCGGAUCAACCGAUGACUGAGAGAGAACUCAGAAAGGCCCGUGCCCUAGAAACCGAAUGGAGCGAAUCGAUUGUGAAAAGAGAAGUGAAACCAAUACUGGAAGAGAAGACAAAUGUGGCAGAAGAGAAGACGAAUUUACCCGAAGAAAAGAUAAUCGUAAAGGAAGAGAAGAAAACUAUAUCAGAAGAGACGAAGACUGUGGCAGAGAAGAAAGAAACUUUGAUAGAAGAGGAGAAACCUCUAGCGGAAGAGAAAGAAACUGUUAUAGAAGAUAAGAAAGUUUUAAUGGAAGAACCGAUACAGGAGGAUGUUAAACCAAAAGCUAAACUGGCUAAGGAAUCUAAGAUUAAAAAAUCAAAGCAAGCGGAAAUUGAGAAGAAGAUUGAAACAAAAGUGGAAAUGUCCAAUUUAAAGGAAAUAUGUCCAGUGAAGGAAACUUCGAAGGAGCCUGAAUUAUUAGCAGAAUCUGUUAAGGAAAAGGAAGAAAAGGUAGAGAAGGUAAUAGCUCUUACGGAAUCUUUGGUAUCUGAUCAAAAGCAACUAGAAAUCGUAGAGGAAUCUUCUAAAGAGGAAUCUCCGAAAGAGGAAUCUCCGAAAGAGGAACCUCCGAAAGAGGAACCUCCGAAAGAGGAACCAACGAAAGAGGAACCAACGAAAGAUAUGCCAAUUGAGAUAGAAGUUGCAAACGUCCAACAAUCAGAAAAUCUUCUUGAAGAAAAAGUGGAAGAGCAAGUAACGGUGGAACCGAAAGUAGAGUCAACGGUAGAAUCAAAAAUAGAAUCAACGGUAGAAACUGCUGCAGUAGAUAUAGCAGAGAUCGUAGAAGAAUCGAAAUCGAUAGUUGCGCAAGAAAUAGAAACAAAACCAAUUGAAGAAUCAGAGAUCAUCGAAGCUACUUCUGCAACAGAGAGUAACGAACUUGUAAGUGAAAUGGAUCAACCAGAGGGUGAAACGGAAGAGGUGAAGCAAGAUAAACAAGAUGCGGCAAAAAGAGCUCAAGAAUAUUUGCUUAAAGUUGAAGAAGAAUCCAGAACCGAAGAGGAGAAGAAAGAGGCUAUGGAGGUACAAAUAACGAAGUACGAGAUGGAGGAGGAAAAGGCAUGGGAGGCUUUGCAGAUUGAUUUGAAUCGAAAAGCACAUCUUAAUGAGAUCCUUGAGGUAGAGAAGGCAGAAGCCGAAAGGAAAAUUGAGGAAGAAAAAUUAGAAAAGGAACGUACUGAGAUCCUUCGUUUGGAAGAAGCUGAAAGACAAAUCAAUGCUGAAAAGCUUCGUGCUCUAAUGGAGGAACACGAGAGGAUGCUUAUCGAGGAACGCGCGGAGGAGGUUCGUCAGAGGCAGGAAAGAGAAGAACGAUUGGCUGAAGUGUCCCUCGGCAUUAAUGAUAAUAAAAAGGAUGCCGAUCAUUCACGCGAGGAUCAACUUUUUUCCGAGAUAACCGAUCAAGAGAUGGAGGAGAAAGCGUUUGAGCUUCCGCCGACGGAUGAGGAUACGAAGAUCGAAGAAGAAGAUAACGUAGUAGAAUACGAGGUCGAAGAUAUUUCCAUGGAUCCUUUCGUUGAGGAACCAGACGGACAAUCUCAACCUGUAAUCAGCGGUGGUACUGCCAUCGUCGAGGAAAACUUCGAAUGGCCUGACGAAGAAGCUUAAUUUCUCUUUCUUUUAUUUUCUCUCUCUCUCUCUCUCUCUCUCUCUCUCUCUCUCUCUCUCUCUCUCUCUCUCUUUCCCUAUCUUUUAUCGCGAAUAACAGCUUAUACGCCGGAUCAUGUUCCUUUAUUACUAUAAUAUUCACUUUUUAUUUUGCGCUACGAUUAACAUACUUUAUCUCAGCAUAUAUCAUUUCAUUCUUUCUGACAUAAUUAAUAAAACAUUGCGAUACGAUUUUGAUCGAUCUAAAUGUAUUAAGUAAUCGAACAUAUCAUAUGUAUAUAUAUAUAUAUAUAUUCGAUAUAGUCUGAUAAAUCAUUU